UUUGGAGGUGUUGCUACGCAUGCGUUGUUAUAAAUUGUGAGCUGUAUAAAAUAGGAAGAUAAAGCCGGUCUUUUCCACUUUUAAAAAACGACGGUGUGGUUGAGAAGUUAGGUUAAGUACUUAAAAAGAUAAAGAAAAUUUAAAAUGAGUAAACCACAAUAUAAAGUUGCCGAUAUGUCUUUGGCCGAUUGGGGUCGUAAGGAAAUUGAAUUGGCCGAGAAAGAAAUGCCGGGUUUGAUGAGUUUGAGAGAAAAAUAUGGUAAAACUAAACCGUUAAAGGGGGCCAAAAUAGCUGGAUGUCUUCAUAUGACGAUUCAAACUGCUGUUCUUAUUGAAACUUUAUUGGAACUUGGAGCCGAGGUUCAAUGGUCCAGUUGUAACAUUUUUAGUACCCAAGAUCAUGCAGCUGCUGCUAUUGCAAAAAGAGGAAUCCCUGUAUACGCGUGGAAAGGCGAAACCGAUGAUGAAUACAUUUGGUGCAUCGAGCAAACCCUCGUUUUCCCCGAUGGACAACCUUUAAACAUGAUUCUGGACGAUGGGGGCGAUUUAACCAAUCUCAUUCACACCAAAUACCCCCAAUAUUUAGAUAACUGCAAAGGUGUCAGUGAAGAAACUACAACUGGAGUUCAUAACCUUUAUAAAUUACACAGUGAAGGAAAAUUAAGAGUUCCUGCUAUUAAUGUUAAUGAUUCAGUGACAAAAAGUAAAUUUGAUAAUUUAUAUGGUUGUCGUGAAUCUUUAAUUGAUGGAAUUAAACGUGCAACAGAUAUAAUGUUAGCGGGAAAAGUUUGUAUUGUCGCAGGAUAUGGAGAUGUAGGAAAAGGAUGUGCGCAAUCUUUACGUGCAUUCGGUGGAAGAGUAAUCAUAACAGAAAUCGAUCCGAUAAUCGCGCUUCAAGCGGCGAUGGAAGGGUACGAAGUAACCACAAUGGAAGAAGCAUCUAAAGAAGGACAAAUUUUCGUCACAACCACCGGAUGCAAAGACAUAAUUCUUGGAGAACACUUUAUGAACAUGCGCGAUGAUAGCAUCGUAUGCAACAUCGGGCAUUUCGACUGCGAAAUUGACGUUUCUUGGUUGGAGAAAAACGCCAAAAAUAAAGUAAACAUCAAACCGCAAGUUGAUAGAUACGAGUUAUCUAAUGGAAAACAUGUUAUUGUGUUGGCGCAAGGACGUUUGGUUAAUUUAGGUUGCGCUACUGGGCACUCUUCAUUUGUUAUGUCAAAUUCAUUUACCAAUCAGGUUUUGGCACAAAUCGAAUUGUGGACUAAACCAGAUCAAUAUAAGAUUGGAGUUUACAUGUUACCCAAAACGUUGGAUGAGGAAGUCGCCAGAUUACAUUUGGCACAUUUAAACGUUAAAUUGACUACUUUAACUGUUGAACAGGCUAAAUAUUUGGGAAUUCCUCAAAAUGGGCCAUUUAAACCGGAUCAUUAUCGUUAUUAAUUUUUUUUUGUCAUUUUAAAAAUAAUUAAAAAGAUAUGAAUAAAAUAAUCCAUAAUAAAUAAA